AUGAACCAGGUAUGGGUGUUUUUCAAGCUAAUUGAGGUCGUCCUGGGCGCACUUUGCAUGUCUAUCCACAUGCGUGGUGCGAUUCUGUGGCCCCAGUAUGUGUCUCAUGUGAUCAUUUACUGCGCCACUUUUAUUUCCUUCACGGCCCUAGCCGCCUUGGGGGCCUUUCGUUUGUUAAUCACACAGAAAUGUGUACUGUCCUCCCAACUGCUCUUGACUCUGGGUGCCGUGAUUGCACAUUACUUCUGCGGUCUAUUCGUGAUGCGGGACAUAGCAAAUAUCAACCUUCUCAGUGCUGCCAACAACUCCAACGAAUAUCUGGAGCAUCCUGCCUUUUCAAUAUGCAAACAGCAAAGUAUUGCAUCCUUGAUCACGGGCACCAUGUACCUAAUGCACAUGUUUCACGUCCUGGAUCUGCUGAUGCGCAUGGAGCCCGGGGACUGGCGGCGACAAGCAACCUUCACCUUAAUCCAAACGUUCACCCUGGACGAGCUGGCGGGUCGCACCACCGGUCUGUUUGUUCUUUCAAAGCCGGUGGACGAUUUCCUGUGUAACAAAUGUAAUUUCUACGACACGCUGGCCCACUCGCAGCCCAUGCACUUCCGGGACAGCGCCGAGGCGAAAGCUAAGUUCAUAGUCCGCAUGUUGUCCCUCUUUGGAGUGGCGAGAAGCAAAUUGUGCCAUAAAGAUGUCGUCGAUAGCGAUGAAAGCUAUAUGUCGACGCCCACAAUAACCAGCUCUGACUCCUCCGAUGUUUCUUCUACCCCCGACAAUUGGUCCUUCGAGGACGAAGCUUUCCGAAACUCAUUCGACUGGCGGGGGAUUAGCGACUCCUCCAGCCUGUGGGCCCAGAUCGAAGACCGAAGCAGCCAGGGUAAUGCUACUACAAGCGAUCAUAGCCGCAGCACAGAUGAAAAGAAUAAAGUCGCUUGGGAAGACGAUGAGCUAAAAAAAUCCGAGAUCUUGCUAGUUACCCAAGGAGCUACCAGACGGAGUAUCUGGGAUGAAGAGAAUAAUGAUGAAAAAUCGAAUAUCUGGACUGUUAAGAGGAAUUCGACUAAUCCUCACUUAAGGCCCAAUAGCGAGUCGAAUGAUGAAAGCGAUGAAGAAUACCAUGAGAUGGAUGGCGACCGAUUCGGAAAUACCAAAGGCCAUUCGGAACCCGAGACUGCAGCUCCUUUCAAUCCUCUCCGAUUCGAUAAAGAUUCUCAGACUACAUCGAUUAAUGAACCAAAAAAGAUCGCAAAGAAAUAAACUAUUAAUGAUUCGAAUGUUUUAAAUUUUAAA